UCAAAAAAAAAAAAAGAAAAAAAAAAAAAAAAAGUGUUGUCAUCUCUCUAAGCAAGCUUUUCUUUCAGUGAUCGGAUAAAAUUCACGGCGAAGAAGUGAAGUUUCCGGCGAUCGGAGGUCAUGGAUAAGGAGAAAGAUCAUGAAGUGGAGUGGCUUGAAGCUCAGAAGAUAGAGAUAAGCGUUGACUUAUUAGCUGCAGCCAAACAACAGCUUCUGUUCCUCGCUACUGUUGAUAGAAAUCGAUGGCUCUACGAUGGUCCUGCACUCGAAAAAGCUAUCUACAGGUACAAUGCUUGUUGGCUUCCUUUGCUUGCCAAAUACUCUGAGUCAUCAUCUGUUAGUGAAAGGUCUUUGGUCCCUCCUCUUGAUUCUGAAUGGAUUUGGCAUUGCCACAGGCUUAAUCCGGUGAGGUAUAAGUCUGACUGUGAGCAAUUUUACGGGAGAGUUCUCGACAAUUCUGGAGUUUUAUCUUCUGUUAAUGGGAACUGCAAAUUGAAAACUGAAGAUUUGUGGAAAAGAUUGUAUCCUGAGGAACCUUAUGAGCUAGACUUGAAUAAGGUAGACUCGGAGGACAUCUCUAAGAAAUCUUCAGCUCUUGAGAAAUGCACCAAUUAUGAUCUAGUUUCAGCUGUUAAGAGGCAGAGUCCAUUUUACUACCAGGUUUCGAGAUCCCAUGUAAACAAUGAAGUUUUUCUACAAGAAGCUGUUGCUAGAUAUAAGGGGUUUCUCUAUCUGAUUAAGACGAACAGAGAAAGGUCUUUAAAACGGUUUUGUGUUCCGACUUAUGAUGUUGACCUUAUCUGGCACACACAUCAGCUGCAUCCAGUUUCUUACUGUGAUGAUAUGGAGAAGCUCAUUGGUAAGGUGUUGGAGCAUGAUGACACAGAUUCUGACCGAGGCAAAGGUAAGAAACUCGAUACCGGUUUUUCUAAGACUACUGCACAAUGGGAGGGGAUGUUUGGUACAAGGUACUGGAAAGCCGGUGCAAUGCAUAGAGGCAAGACACCUGCACCUGUCACAACUUCUCCUGAUGCUUCUGAUGUUUUGGUCAAAGUACCAACUGCAAAAGAGGAUAUCCAGAAUUUAAUCCAAUUUCCAGAGGUGGAAGUUGUUGAGGUUCUCUUGGAGAUUAUCGGGAUUAGAAACUUACCGGAUGGACAUAAGGGAAAGAUCUCGGUUAUGUUCAGUAAAACUCGGCCUGAUUCUCUUUUCAAUGCUGAACGUAGACUGACCAUUUUAUCCGAGGUUGGGGAAAAGCAAGUAGCUACUUUCCAGUGUGAACCUACAGGAGAGCUUGUUUUCAAACUUAUUUCCUCUUCACCGUCUAAGAUACCAGUUUCAAGAGAGCCUAAAAACUUGGGUUUUGCUUCUUUAUCACUAAAGGAGUUUCUAUUUCCAGUUAUUACUCAACUCUCUGUUGAGAAGUGGUUGGAGUUAACACCCAGUAAAGGUAGCAAAGCAGAUCAAAAACCUAUAAGCCUGCGAGUCGCUGUCUCGUUUACUCCACCAAUACGCAGUCCAUCAGUCUUACACAUGGUUCAAUCAAGACCAUUGUGGAAAGGCUCUUGCUUCUUUCCAAUUAUGGGAAAGUCCCGUCUUGCUAAGAGUUCAACACACAUUGUUGAUGAAACCCAAACAGAGGUGAUCACACUUCAAAUUAGGAACUCCAUUGAUGGAGCAAAACUUAAAGAUGAUCAAAGACAAGUUAUUGGUGUGAUAGACUCUGGUGAAACUCGAGUGCUUGCGGAUUAUGCUGGUAGUUUCUGGUCUUUAUUGGACUCGAAAUGGUCACUUAAGCAAACAAAUGCCUCUACUGCAGAUAAUCCUCUCUUUGAGCUUUUGGGUCCUCGAGUGGUGAACAUUUUCUCGGGGAGGAAGCUGGAUUAUGAACCAAAACACUGCGCAAACCUUAGAAGUGAUCAAGAUUUCAUGACGCUUGUGGAAUUUUCCAAGCAACAUCCAUAUGGGAAAGCUGUGGGAUUGGUUGAUAUGAGAUUUGGUUCCAUUGAGGUGAAAGAGAAUUGGUUGGUUUUGCCCGGAAUCGUAUCUGCUUUCAUACUCCAUACUGUUCUGAAGAAAGGAGUUUUUGAUGGCUUCAAUGUCACAACCAAAGAAAUAAAAGAGGAAAGCAAACCGACUAAACUUGUUGCUGCGACAGAAAAUAAAUUGAAUGCAUACUCUACGAAUGUGGAGACUGCAGCUGCUAUCACAGCUCCUAAAAAAGGCAGCGGUUGCGGUGGUGGCUGUAGUGGUGAAUGCGGAAACAUGGUAAAAGCAGCUAAUGCUAGCGGUUGUGGGAGUAGUUGUAGUGGAGAAUGCGGAGACAUGGUGAAAUCAGAUGCAACUGCUAGUGGCUGUGGUAGUGGCUGUAGCGGUGAAUGUGGAAAUAUGGUGAAAGCAGAAAACGCUAGCGGUUGCGGCAGUGGUUGCAGUGGAGAAUGCGGAGACAUGGUGAAAGCAGCGAAAGCUAGCGGUUGCGGCAGUGGUUGUGGUGGUGGUUGUGGCGGUGGAUGCGGAGACAUGGUGAAAGCAGCCAAAGCUAGUGGUUGCGGCGGUGGUUGUGGCGGUGGAUGCGGAGACAUGGUGAAAGCAGCAAAUGCUAGCGGCUGCGGCGGUGGUUGUAAUGGUGAAUGCGGAAACAUGGUGAAAGCAGCCUAAUCUGGUAGUUGUGGUGGUGACCUAGUAGAGAACGCAGAAAUGUGGUGAACAGUGACGGUGCAAUGGAGGCGGUUGCGGUGGCAUGAGUUUGCUUGACUAGUGAAAGUGGUAAAGCAAACGCCCUAAAGACGCUUUUUGUGGCUUAAUAGCAAAACUGUAAAUUACAAAUAAAGUUUGUACUUGUUGUUUGUUUAUGCAAUGAAUGGUUUGUUUAUGUAAA